AUUCUUGAAGAGAAGCCAUCAAGCCUGCCGUGGUUAGAGAACAAAAGACUCGAGGAACAAGCGGAAACAAAAACAAAAGAAGGUCCUUUCAAAGAUGCACCCGCAGCGGUCUGGAAACCUUAUGUUUCAGGUAACAUAAUCAGUGUGAUUUACACUGUGAUACAAUCAGGGUUUGAAAUAACAGCCGAUCGCCGAUCAAUGUUAGAAGAAAUUGCUUAUGAUAGGCGGAAAAGUAGGGUUUCCAACCUAAAAAAGCAGGGAAAUGACUGCUGAUCACCAUGAUCGGGAACUUUGGGAACAUUAUUUCAAGCCCUGUACAAUGCAUUUGAGCGAAUUACAACUCCAGUGGGUUAAUUCAUUCUUGUUUUCUGUUUCUAGCAUAUGGUGGCACGACCACAGGUCCAGUUAAUAGUGAUCAACCCAAACAAUAUUACUGUGAGAUCUGUGCUAAACAGCUGAAUGGUCCCAAACCAUAUCAAGCACAUAUGGUUAGCAAAGCACACAAAGAAGAGGUCGCGGCACAGUCGUGA